AUGCUUGUGCUUCGUGCCUGGCCGCAGCGGCUGCCAUUCCUGUGCCAAAUAAAGCAGCUUUCGCACAGCUCCUUCGCACAGCUCCUCGCGCCCGCUGCUGCCUCGGCCAGCGGUGACGUCACGCCCGCGGCGCGCCCCCACGUGGCGGCGGCGCGCCAUUACCUGGCGGGGGCGAGAACGCGGAGCCACGCCCCCCCGGCGCGCCUAUUGGCGGGGCGAAAUCUCGCGGAAGGGGAUUGGCGGGGAAGGUAUCGCGAGACUCGGGCCCUGCGCCUUCCCCCGGGCGGCCCCGCGCUCCCUCCUCUUCCGGCCCCGCCGCGCGCGCACGGAGCAGCGAGGUCGGGGAAGCUGAAGGUGCCCGAGUGGGUGGACACGGUGAAGCUGGCCAAGCACAAGGAGCUGGCGCCCUAUGACGAGAACUGGUUCUACACGCGGGCCGCCUCCACCGCCCGGCACCUGUACCUGCGCGGCGGCGCCGGCGUGGGCUCCAUGACCAAGAUCUACGGCGGGCGGCAGCGCAACGGCGUCAUGCCCAGCCACUUCAGCCGCGGCUCCAAGAGCGUCGCCCGCCGCGUGCUGCAGGCGCUGGAGGGGCUCAAGAUGGUGGAGAAGGACCAGGACGGCGGGCGCAAGCUGACGCCGCAGGGGCAGCGGGAUCUGGACAGGAUCGCCGGGCAGGUGGCGGCCGCCAGCAAGAAGCACUAGGGGCGACGCUGCGGAAUAAAACCGGCUUCGUUAACGCGG